AUGUCAGACGCCGGCUGCGUCACAUCUCGCUCUUCGAGUGACAAUUAUGGAGGGGGCGGGAGCAGUGACAGCGGUAUUCAAAGCCCCAUCAAUAGUAGCGGAGAUGUUUUUGAUAUUAGGGAUGUCGAAAGCCCGAUAUCUGAUCAGGAUGACGAUGCCAUCGAGUUGCAGCGGGGAUCGACGACCUCCCGUGUGUUUAUGCAGGCCCUCACCAACCGCCUACUUCUCACACAAAUGGAAGGUGAUGGUACUGAAACGUUAGAUUUCACCGCCUGUGACAGUAGCAGCGGGGAUGAUUUUGUGAGUGUCAUGAACACCACCACUGCUACCACCGUGUCAGUGGCCCCGUCGCUUUCGUUGUCUUCGCUAGCGAGAGCCGAGCAACUUCUUCAGAAGAGCGUCACGCUUGUCAAUGGUGGUCAGCAUAUCACACUUACCAAAGAGGACCUUGAACGCCUCCGUGACAGUCGGUUGCUGCACUUUCUGGAGGCGAACUCUGCCACCUUCGUCAAGCACCUGCACGGACAAGGACAGGGACGGAACAUGCCUAGUGGAAAAGCUGCGGGUUGCGAAGAGAAUGCGGAGGUUAAGACCGAAGCAGAGAAGGUUGGAGGUGACGCAGAUCCAUUUGUGAAUGUAAUGGACGACGAUGGUGUAGAGUACCGUAUAUACACGGAUAAGGACGGUAAGUUGCUUGUUCCAGUAAACGCGGAAGACGAAGGGGGUGAUGAAGAUGUCGAGGAAGAGGAAGAGGAAGAGGAAGAGGAAGAAGGAGGAGAGGAGAGUGCGGCAAUUCAAGGUCGGACUCCCGUCGAGAGUGUUAGGGCGGCGAGCGCAACGGAGAAGUCGGCAUCCUCGAGGUCCCGGGGUGGUCGUAUUGUUAGGUUCAAAAAAGCUGCUAAACCGUUUGUCCGUGGAAUUGGUCUUACGGCAGAAGAGGACCGUCGGGUAAUGGAGUUGCUCAAAACGGACUUCACAAAUGAGCCGUCACCGUAUGACAUGGACACGGAGCGGGCUGAAGCCCUGGAGGAGCGGCUUAGAUGGUUUCGUGAGGUCCGCGGCCCUUUGAACUACCAGAAGGGAAGCGCCGAAUUCGACGGUGAUGACACUGAGGAUGAUAUACCGUUUGGCCGCCCAAGUACAGGGGAUACAACAUCGACGGUAUCCGUGAAGGCAAUUGGAAACUCCUACAUGCGGGAGGCGCGUGACCAACGAGUGCUGCAGGUCCGCCUAAAAUCCAUUAAUACUGAACUCUCUGCUCUUCAGCGGCUGCAGAGGCUUGAGGCAUUAUGCCCCACAGCGGGUGUGGAGCAUCUUGUUGGUAUUCCGAGGCCAGAGUGGUCGAAGGAAGUCCCACCCCCACUGGGUGAUGACAUAAUUCGUCAGUUGCUUGAAGAGGCUCAGUGUGAAAACAGAAAAGCGCAGGCGAAGGGUGAGAAACGCCCGCUGCAGAACCAGGACGAAGGCUUAAGUUACUUACAAGAAAAGUUGAGACUUGCAGCAAGUCGUGUAGAAGCCCUGUUUCCGCAGUCGCCAACCAGUGCGUAG